AUGUGUCUCCCAUCCCACACAGCCACGCUGCCCAAGAGGAAGGUUAGCAUGGAAGGAGCGGCGAAGGUGGAGCCCAAGCGCCGCUUGGCGAGGCUGUUGGGCAAGCCUGCACCCACCAAGGUGGACGCCAAGCCGAAGAAGGCCGCCGGGAAGGAUAAAUCAUCAGACAAAAAAGUGCAAACAAAAGGGAAGAGGAUAGCAAAGGGCAAACAGGCUGAAGUGAUUGACCAGCAAGCUGCAGAUCUGCCUGCAGAAAAUGGAGAGAUGGAGAACCAGAAUCCAGCCUCUGAAGGAGAAGAGAAAGAAGCCAUGUCCGACUAA